AUGCAAGUGAACACACCCUUCCUCUUCCUUGUACUGCUCACCCUGGCCUGUGGGGUCCACUCCGUGCCCAGGCCUGGGCUGUUCUCGGUGCUGGCCGACCGUGAACUGUGGGUGUUUGAAGACCCCACCUCGCUGGUGACCUUCUCGCCCAGCGCAGUGGUGGGCGAUCUUCCGCUUCAUCAUGAGAGGAUUGUCUCCGCGGUGGCCAGUUCCAAGCCUGGUGGCAACUUCGUGGUGGUCGGUUCGCAGACCGUCGCAGUGCAAAGGCAAGCGCACCGCCCCUUCGAGCUUGCCUUCAACUUUCACCCGGAGAUCACCCUUUAUGACGCCACCAACGUUCCCACCACCGGUGUCUUCGUGGCGGUCGGUGUCAACAGGUCGGCAAGUGGGUCUAAGGAAGAGAUUAUGUUUUUUCGCUCCGAAGAUGGUGGUUUCAGUUGGACCUCCUCAUCCUCCUGGCCCAGUCAGAGCUACACCAAUGCCUCCAGCGGCUUCUCCUUCUCCCCUUCUGGCGACUUCGGCCUCUGCAUGUUGGGUGACCACAUGUUCCGUACCGUGGAUGGGGGACGCUCAUGGGUGAAAACCGCCUGGAAUGAUGGAAGGGGUCAGGCGGUGUCGGUGGCGGUCCUUGACCCGUCUCUCGCGGUGGUCACCAUCGACUCACGGUAUGGUGGGGGCAUGGUGCUCAUCUCCACCGACGCUGGGGCCACCUGGCAGCCGCUCCUGGAGGCGAACAUUGGAACAGGGUACGGCAUCGUGCUCUUCGACCGGCAGACUUGGGUGGUGGCCACCCAAGUCCCCCGGACCGGACAGAUCUGGCGCACGACGGAUGGCGGCAAGACGUGGGCACGCACCUUUGCCCAGCCCAACACCGCCUGGACGGGCUUGGCCUACAACUCGGACUGGGGCGCCCUUCUUGCCGUUGGCUACUUCUACAACGACUCCGUUAGCCACAGCGCAGGCGCGAUGGCCCUCUCGUGGGAUAUGGGCGGCCAGUGGUUGCUCUCUGGUCCGCUGGACAAGGUGCUCGACCGUGCCGUGCCUGGCACGCCCUCCUUGUAA